AUGGUCUACUUCUACCAAGCAGAAGCAGAAGACGGGCGCUUUUAUGCCAUUAUUGUGGGAAAAGACAAAUUUGAAAACGAUUUACUCAUAAAAUUCGGCUACAAAGAACUAAACUACGUUUGGUUUCACGCUGAUAAGUAUUCGAGUGGCCACGUCUAUUUGAAGCUCAAUAGCGACGAAAAAGAGCUACGAGAUGUUCCACGAGAGGUAAUAACAGACUGCCUGCAGUUGUGCAAGUCGAAGUCCAUUCAUGGCAACAAACUUGCGCAAUGCACCAUCCUCGCCACUCCUUGGACCAACCUGCGCAAGAAUGGUAGCAUGAAGCCUGGCGAGGUUUCCUUCAAGUCCGUCCGUAGAAUUCAAAAGCUCGAAUGUCACGGCCGCGAUACGAAACUACUAAAUCGGCUCGAUAAGACCCGUGUCGAGAUCCUAGAAAACGUAGAAUCUCUGCUUCACGAGGCCAAAAAAAGCAAGGACCCUGAAUUCUUUACCAAUUACAUUGCUGCUCACAGGGAGUUACUUUUAGCACAAGAACAAGAUAGGAAAGUUGCAAAGAAAAUCAAGAAAAAGGUCGCGCUUGAAGAAUAA